CUGUGUGUUUUAAAAUCAUGUCUUUAUGUCUCUCUUCACUUUUAACACCUUCUCUUAGCUGUUUUCUUUCUCUUUUAUCACUGUUUUCUUAUAAAUGCAUAAAAAACGUUUUACUCUUUUAGGGGGGUAUCGAGUUGUUUUUGGGUCCAUUCGUCACUUCCUUCUCAUUUCUCUGCCAAAGUUCUUAACUUGAUUAGACCCGUCUCUGUCUCCGGUGAUUGUUUUUGUAAUUAGUUGUUUUGGGUAUGUAUCCUAAUGAUCCUGAUUAUCACCGCCGUGGUCAGACGGCGAACGAUAGAUCACCAGGCUACUUUGUUCGACUGGAUAAACCAAGAGCUGUAGACGAUCUCUAUAUAGGCAAAAGAGAAAAGAUGCGUAGGUGGUUGUGCUGUGCUUGCCACGUCGAAGAGCCUUACCACACUACUGAAAACGAGCACCAUAUAAACCCUAAGCACCACAAUGGGCACAAUAAAAACCUAGAAGUUUCUGUGAGGCCUGAUGCUUUAAACGUGCCUCCAGCUAUUGACGUCCCUGCGUUGUCUUUGGAUGAGCUGAAAGAAAAGACUGAUAACUUUGGAUCAAAGGCAUUGAUCGGUGAAGGAUCAUACGGAAGAGCCUACUACGCAACUUUGAGUGAUGGCAGAGCUGUGGCUGUCAAGAAGCUUGAUAACUCAGCUGAGCCUGAAUCAAACUUCGAGUUCUUGACUCAAGUCUCUAGAGUUUCGAAGCUGCAGCAUGAGAACUUUGUUCAGCUCUUUGGUUACUGCGUUGAAGGGAACCUCCGUGUUCUUGCGUACGAGUUUGCCACGAUGGGGUCUUUACAUGACAUCUUACACGGGAGGAAAGGAGUCCAGGGAGCGCAGCCGGGUCCAACGCUUGAUUGGAACCAACGGGUUAGAAUAGCGGUUGAUGCGGCUAGAGGACUUGAGUAUUUACAUGAGAAAGUUCAGCCUGCGGUUAUACACAGGGAUGUUAGGUCUAGCAAUGUGCUUCUGUUUGAAGAUUUCAAAGCCAAGAUUGCUGAUUUUAAUCUGUCGAAUCAGUCUCCUGAUAUGGCUGCUCGCCUUCAUUCUACUAGAGUUUUGGGGACCUUUGGUUACCAUGCGCCAGAGUAUGCCAUGACUGGUUCACUGACACAGAAGAGUGAUGUGUAUAGUUUUGGUGUAGUUCUUUUGGAGCUCUUGACUGGUAGAAAACCAGUUGAUCAUACUAUGCCACGUGGUCAGCAAAGUCUUGUCACUUGGGCUGCACCAAGGCUGAGUGAAGACAAAGUGAAGCAAUGCGUUGAUCCAAAACUCAAUGGAGAUUAUCCUCCUAAAGCAGUUGCAAAGCUCGCGGCUGUUGCAGCGUUGUGUGUGCAAUACGAAUCAGAGUUUAGGCCGAACAUGAGCAUUGUGGUAAAAGCUCUACAACCAUUGUUGAAGUCAUCAAGGUCAUCAACAGCGGCUGCUACUCCAUCCCAGGAAACUUGAUUCUUAUAUGCGAUAAUGGGAGAUUAGUUUCUGUUUCAUGUGUUGCCAUGUCAUACACAAAUACUGUUAUUCAGUGUGUCUCUUUGUUGAGGUUUAUAUCUUCUUAUAUGUUUAUUAGUAGUGAUUUGGUGCGUCUUGAAAACUGUUUUGUUUGGUACUUGCAAAAGUGUUUUAUAUAUUGGAGCAUUUUUUUUUGUU